AUGUUCAAGACAACCAUUAGUUUCCUGUUCAUGUUUAGUGCUGCUUCCGCUUUUGCUCCUUCCAUUGUUGUCCGUGCCGCCCCCAAGACCACCGCUGCCCGAACCCGACAUAACCAACAACAACCUUUGAGAAUGAUUGGUAGUAUUUUGGAUCUCCUCGGAGGUGCAGGAAAAGGGGAAUUGAUUGCUCCCGAAAAGGCUCUUCCAGGAAGAGAAACCAAGAUGGCCAACAUUGAUGGAUAUCGCCAUUAUGUUUUGGGAAACAAAUUGACAGAGGUCCCCGAGGGUUACAAGGAAGCUGUCUUUGCCAACGGUUGCUUCUGGGGUUCCGAAAAGGGUAUUUGGAGAUUGCCCAAGGGUAUCCACUCCACCGCGGUUGGAUAUUGUGCUGGAUUCACCCCCAAUCCUACCUACGAAGAAGCCUGCAGCGGCCUCACGGGCCAUACCGAAGGCGUCCGCGUCGUGUACAAUCCCAAAGAAGUGAGCUUUGUCGACAUUCUUCGUUGGUUCUGGGAAGCCCAUGAUCCUACAAGUGGCAUGGGACAAGGGAAUGAUCGUGGUACCCAAUACCGAUCCGGUUUUUAUUACUUUGACGACGAACAAAAGGCCUUGAUCAAUGCCAGCAAGGCUGCUUACGAAAAAGCCUUGGGAGGUUCGAGGGAAAUCACCACGGAGAUUGCCGCCGCCAGUGAUUAUGAAAAGUAUGGAGGAUUGUGGUACUUUGCCGAACAAUAUCAUCAACAAUACUUGGCCAAACCUGGAUCCCGUCCGUAUUGUUCCGCCCAACCUCAAGGCGUGGCCCUUCCUGACUAUUCCGAAUGGAGUCCCUUUGCCAAGGAUUCGCCGGAAUACAAAAAGCAUGAACCUACCUUGCCAGCCAGUUUCUGGAGCAAGUAUGCACCCAAGCGUGGUUGUUCGGUAGUCCAAGAACCCAACGACGUCAUUGAUGAAUCUACUUUUUAA